CUUUUGAGUGCUCUUAAGUACUCUCAUUGAAAAUGCUCCGUGCUUUUAGCAACGCAAUUCUAACUAUAGCCGUAUUAGAAGGGCUUCCCCAUGGAUGUUGCUGGGCAAAGGACUCGCCCUUCGAAACUACAACCCACGACUACUGGAAUGAUCGCUUCGAAACACCCCCCGACUAUUGGAAUGAUAUCUACGGACACGGAUCUACAACUGAAACUUCUACGAAAACAACAUUUGGGUUGCGGCCAAUAGCCACGAAAUCAGAAUUCGCAGUUACAGCUACUGCAGUCCCCAAAAACGAGACUAGUUUCGCACAUCUGAACUCUCUUUAUCAUGUCAAUCUUUACAGAUACUAUGGUCUUGAAAACAAGGAAUACAACUUGAAAUUUCUCUUCGAUGCUUUUGAGAAGUUGGAGACGGAUCCAGAUGUGCACAAAAGUGCGGAUGGCAAAUGGCUUGCAUGCAAGAUUCCGUUCCUAUCAGGGGCGUAUUACCGUGGAGAACAUCUGCGUAGUGUUGCGAGAGACGCUCUAGUGUCAGCAAAAGGCACUGCUAUUGAGGAUAUUGUCACAUUCAUAGUCGCUCACACCCUCCAGUUCAAUGCAAUAAUGUAUCUAAAAAUUAUUGUCAUUCAGGAUUUCUUUUUGAGCUCACACGCUGCGGGAGAAUGCCUCAACAAAGAUGUAAUGAUAUUCAAGAGACGACUCGAAAGAAAUGAGCUCUUACUUCGAGAGAGUUUGUCAAAAGGUGAAGUGCCCAUCGAUGAAAGAGGACAGCAUGGAGCUGCUGAUGAAAUCUCCCUACAUGAAAGAGGAGUUCAAAUCACUCGAACAGGAAAAACUUUACGUCGACCACUUGAUCAGAAAACACCUGUGUAAGAGUAUGACAUUGUGCUACUGACUAUCCAAGAUAAACACC